UUAAAUAAAUAAACAACAAUUUUCUACUGUUUUGUGACAGGCAGAAAAAGCUCAAUGCUUGGGGAAGCAGUUGACUUAAUUUCCAAGCCACAAUGUCAAUUGCAUGUUGCGUCCCCAUUCUCGAAUGUGUAUACUGUAUAGCCUGUGCUCGAUGGGCUUGGAAACGAUGCCUUCAUACUGCAGGCCAUGAUAGUGAGACAUGGGGUUUUGCCACAGCUGAUGAAUUUGAGCCUGUCCCUAGGCUUUGUCGGUAUAUUCUUGCAGUAUAUGAGGAUGAUCUUACAUGCCCCCUGUGGGAACCUCCAGGUGGAUAUGGAAUCAAUCCAAAUUUUAUAAUUGUGAAGAGAACCUAUGAUGAUACUCAUGGAAAGGCGCCACCAUAUUUUUUGUAUCUAGAUCAUGCUCAUUGUGAUAUAGUUAUUGCUAUUAGGGGACUUAACUUGGCAAGCCAUAAAGAUUAUGCAGUUUUGUUGGAUAAUAAGUUGGGUCAAAGGAAAUUUGAUGGUGGUUAUGUUCAUAACGGAUUGUUAAAAGCAGCUGGAGUUGUACUAGAUGCAGAAAGUGAUACUUUGAAGAAGUUGUUGGAGAGUUAUCCGAGCUAUACUUUGACUCUAACAGGUCACUCGCUUGGGUCAGGUGUGGCUGCGUUGUUGGCAAUGGUGGUGGUGAAAAACCGAGAUAAGUUGGGGAAUAUUGAUAGAAAGAGGGUCCGAUGCUAUUCAAUUGCACCUGCCAGAUGCAUGUCACUGAAUUUGGCUGUAAGAUAUGCGGAUAUCAUCAAUUCUGUCGUGCUUCAGGAUGAUUUCUUGCCAAGGACUGCCACGCCAUUGGAAGACAUUUUUAAGUCAGUUUUCUGUUUACCAUGUUUGUUGUGCUUAAGAUGCAUAAGAGACACAUUCACAUCGGAGGAGAAGAAAAUCAAAGAUCCAAGAAGGUUAUAUGCACCCGGCCGGCUCUAUCACAUUGUUGAGAGAAAACCUUUCAGAUGUGGCAGGUUUCCACCCAUUGUAAGAACUGCAGUGCCUGUUGAUGGAAGAUUUGAGCACAUUGUGCUUUCUUGCAAUGCAACCUCUGACCAUGCCAUCAUUUGGAUAGAGAGGGAAGCCAAAAUGGCAUUAGAUAUUAUGUUAGAGGAAGAUCCAAUAAUGGAGAUUCCCACAAAACAAAAGAUGGAGAGACAACAAACUUUGGAAAGAGAACAUGGCGAUGAAUACAAGAAGGCGUUACAGAGGGCGGUUACGCUGGCAGUGCCCCAUGCCAUUAUACCUUCCGAGUAUGGCACAUUUCAGGACAUUGAGGAGGGGAAGAAUUUAGGCCGAAAACAUAGUCCCGGAGAGAGUUGGAAUGAUUUGAUUGAACGUUUAUUUGAAAAGGAUGAACCGGGGCACAUGGUUCUGAGAAAAUCACAUUCUAUUGUAUAAUAUAUAUUCUCGAGUUUUGAUGCACCAAUCGAUAUGUAAAUGUUUGUGGGAUUUUGGGGUUGGGGGAGUUUUUCAUUUAUUGAUUCAUUCUAUUUGUUUAAGAAGGAAAGUCUCCUUCUCAUUGUCCGAUACUUCAAAAGUCAUAAGUACUUGCGAUGUUGCUUAUCAGAUUGAUACAGAUAAAUGUUAAGAAUAAUAAAAAAGAUUAAAGUGACCAAGUUUUUACUAGUA